GGCAGAGCUGCCAUCAGGAAGCGUCUCAUCGUCUGCUGCGAUGGAACAUGGAAUAAUAGCAAUGUUGCAACCAACCCCCCGACCAACGUCAGCCGGCUCUCCUCAGCCUUUGCGCGGAAGGACUGCUUGGGCAUGCCACAGGUGGUUUACUAUCACCCAGGCGUCGGCAGUACAGAGUCGUCCAGGGUAGCGCGUAUCGUUGAGGGGGCUACGGGCGGCGGCAUUGUCCGGGACAUUGCCGAGUCGUACCGCUUCAUCUGCGACAACUAUAGCUUCGGGGACGAAAUCAUCCUGAUCGGCUUCUCACGUGGCGCCUUCACGGCCCGCUCCGUCGCUCAAAUGGUCUGCUCCCUCGGAUUCCUCAACGGCGCAGGCCUUGACCAGUUCCCACACAUCUACGACGACUAUAGGACUUGGCACAAAUGGAACAGGCAGGCAUUCGACGAAAACAAGCACCUCUAUCUGAUGUUGUUAUGUACACAACGGAGGAAGCACUGGGAGCCUAUCGCGGGCCAUGUCCAGGCUGUCUGCGUGUGGGACACGGUGGGGAGCUUGGGCAUCCCACGCCUUCUCCCUUUACAGAUCCGAUUCCUAAACCCCAAUGUCCAUCGCGGGGUCAACUACGCGUUCCACGCGAUGGCUCUAGAUGAGUGGCGGCAGGUGUUUAACUGCACCCUGUGGGGAAAACGAGGCAACAACAAUACUCGGCUGCGCCAGGUUUGGUUCCCUGGCAACCACGGCAAUGUCGGUGGAGGCUGGGAGGACCAGCAGAUUGCCACCAUUGCCCUUGCAUGGAUGGCCGACCAACUCACUUCCAUCGGGGUCGAGUUCAGCGAGACAGAAAUGAGCCGCAUCUUUUAUUCCAUGCAUCCCAAGGCCAGAGCACGCCACUGGGCGCUGGGCCUUAUCCGCAACCCAACCGGCCUCACAGCCGUCCCCGACAAGAUCUGGUCUUACAUCGCCGCGCCCUAUCGCAUGCUCACUCGGGGCACCACGGACUACCCGACACGCACACCCGGCGAUUAUGUCGAUGACAAGCGCGAGAAGCUCGUCAACCCUAACGAGCUCGUGCAUCCCUGCGUCCGUAUUCGGUACCUAUACGGUGGCUUAAACCUGGACGACGCCGGCCCCUGGACAUGCCGCGCCCUGACCGAGAGGGGCUACCGCCUCGAGCGGCGCGAUGGCCCCGCCAUCCAGAUACGGAAAGGCCACGACUCCAUCGCGGAGGCCGCCUACUACAGCCUCCGCGGUCCUGUCACGCCUUACUACGACGGCGUGCUCCCCUCCGACACCGCGGCCGGGACGGACGAGAAUCCCCUCGUCAAGGUGGAGCAGCCGCACGAAGGCAAGCUGUGCCAGCUCCCGGAGCCGCGAUCGUACUGGGUAUGGAAGCGCACCAAAGACGGCAUCGAGCAGGAGCUGCCCGAAGAGCACAUCGGAAUGUGGGAGCGCUUGUUCAUCAGAAUCACCGAGCAGCUGGUAAAGUGGCAAAGGGACGGGGAUGACAAACAGGCAGCGGCUGCCGCCCGUGCAAAGAAGGGCGUCUUCAGGUGGGCGGUCGACGCCACCAAGUCAGCGUGGAAGUUUGUCCGCCCGCCCCGGCGGCCGCCGCCGUCCGAGGCGGCGAAGCUCAACAGUCCGAUGAUUCCUCAGACAUAUGGGUACCAUGAUCUCGUCUCUUGGCAGAAGGGAGACACGAAUCCCCAGCCAAGCAAGAAUUCAACCAAGUCGGCUACCGUUUGAGCAUGAAAACAUGGUGGAAUGGAUAUGUUGUACAAAGCAAUGCCCUCCUUAUCGUCGUGGUCGUCGUCGUUGGUACUCCUUGGUAGGUAAUCGGCACUGCAGGAAAUGGCGUCAAAUGGCGUGAAAGUUGCGCAGAAGAAAUUGGCGUGUCAUCACAGAUGCGAGAAAAAAAAUAUAUAGCUACCAUGUCGCCAGCGAUGUUGCAAGAGACUCAAGUAUUGGCCUGUCGCCGGUCGAUGUAAUCCGCGGUAGCUGUCUGUCGCAGCCAACAGUGGUGGUGCUGAUCGGCAACUACCACACGCGCAGAGCAACUACCUUGAUUACUGAGGUGUGGACGGAGUAGAAUAGAAACGCGAUAAUCACUGCAAAUCGACGGGAAGUUGCUGAGAUGGCCAGAUACCGAAGCUGCAA